AUGGCUUCAACCGCACAUAUCAACCGUUCCAAGAUAGGAGCUGCAGAUCUUUGUGAUGGGUGUUUAGUUGUGCUAUUGGACGAUUCCGUCGAAGAAUUCUACGAGGGGAAAAUGGGUAAAAAUGACGAUACGCCGACUCUCCGACACGUGCAUGAGGAGCAGUACCGGGAGCCAGACUAUUUCUAUCACACCUAUUACGAGGACGAGGAGGACAACAAGGACAAGGAUGAGGAUGAGAGCGAAGGCGAUGUGUCCCCAGAUACGGAUGAACUUUUUAUCGCAGGGGUCCCACCUAGAAGAUGGAAAGAUGAAUUGCCUGGUCUACCUGCCAUGGCUGAGGCGGCUGAAGCCGGUUGCCAGCUCUGCCAGUUUCUUCGCCAAGCCAUUCUUCGAAAAGGGGUUUCCUUUGAAGGCCCUAUCCAGGUGUUGGCAGGAUAUAUAUGGGGCGCUAGUCGCUCCUAUGUUGAGCAAAGAGACGAUGGACUUGUGGCUUGGAGAUGUGAGGUUCGCGAUGGCAGGGGAGAGGGAUAUUUGCUGUCCGCCAUGGACUUUAACGUGGAAACGAGAAACGGCGAGAUAGCUACGUGGCUACGCAUGGAUGGGAAGCGAUCACCCACGCCGUUGGACGUUCAUAACGUUGAAUGGAUGAAGGAUACACUCGGUCAAUGCGAGGAGAAAUGCAACCACCUCGAAGCUAGUACCGAUUUCCUACCAACCAGGUUGAUCGAUGUUGGAACCAAAACUGGGGACGAUGCGCGACUAAUGAGAACAACCGACUCUAGCGACCAAGGCCUGAAGUACGCUGCUUUGAGCUACUGCUGGGGCCUAAAGGAAGACGCUGCAAAACAGACCAAGACGACCAGAUCCAACUUAUCCCAGCAUCUUCAAGGCAUGCCGCUGGGGGAUAUGGUUCCUGUGUAUGCCGCUCUUACCAACGAAGCCUACCUCGCCGGUCUCUGGGAAAACACCCUACACUACGACCUCCUUUGGAUAAUCAGGAUCCCCGAUGCUGGAGACUUGGAGAAAACUCUACAACGAAUUCGAUACCAGAGGCCAUAUAUCGCUCCGUCUUGGAGUUGGUCAUCACAACAGAAGCGAUUUGAAACGUUGAGAGUCAGAACAUACAACGCAAGUGAGAGGUCUGGCUUUAUAACCCAGUCCGAUCCGCCCCUUCCUUCCCACUCACGGUCUGAAUUCAUUUUGGAGAAAAUCAAUAUGGAUUCGUGGGGGAAGAAUCCUUUUGGACGGUUGAAAGGAGGCUCCAUCAAGGUUUCCGGCAAGGUGGCCCAUUUUCCUUCAGACGUGCUGAUGAAGCCCUGUGAUCAUCGGGGUCGUCCGGCACUGGGGUACUUCACAAACAAUUACGGAACGUGCUACUUGGACUGGUCCUCGGAAGUCAGCACAGUUCAGCAGCCGGGGAAGAUGCGACUGCUGCUGCUGUUGAGCUGCUGCGCUGCCACGAUUGACUGGGAUCCGUUGAUAUGGUACGCGAACCCGGAAGAGAACCACAAGGAGAUGCACAGCGCUUUUGUUGAGCGCAAUCCCCUGUGUCGCACAAUUUGGAAAGACUACGUUGGCAGUGAAGACUGCAAGUGCUGCAAGCAUGAAGACCUGCCGAGGAAUGCAUGGGGGAUUGUCAUCUAUCCUGCAGAGGGGCCUGACUCUUUCUACCGAGUUGGGUGCUUCACGUUGCUUGCCUAUAGUGGAGGAACGGAUCUCUUCAAGAAUGUCGAUGCGUACAUCAUCUUGAUGUGUUUACUUGCCAUCCCGAUCCUCUACCCAUACGGCAAUCUCACAGCCAUUGAUUCCUUCUUCUUCGGUGCCAGCGCGUCCACAGAGUCCGGGCUAAACACGGUCGAUGUGAAGGAGCUCAAAACCUACCAGCAGCUCUACAUCUACUUUAUUCCCAUGCUUACGAACCUCGGCUUCGUCAACAUUAUUGUCGUCAUUGUCCGCCUGCACUGGUUCCGGAGUCAUCUCAAGCGCCUUGCUCCCCAGCUCCACCCUCGCCGACAGCGCGGUGGUUCUGAAGCUGACCCUGAGGACAUUCCCGAUACGUCAACGACAGAAACCCCUGAUACAGCUGGCAAACUUCCCGUGGCGGUGGCAAGCGGUAACGAUGCCAGGAUAACUAGCGAAAACCCUGGUCAAGCUCCGGUCGUAAGCCCGGACAGUGCAAGACCGAUCGCGCGCACCACUACCAUCAGCUUUGACCCUUCAACCGAGAAGCAUAAAGACGACACCACCCUCUACAUCCCAUCGCCGAGGGACCGUGAACGCGGACACCCCAUUGUUGAAGAGACCGGGAGAGGGAGGGUUGAUGUCGAUAGCGAUGAUGACGUCAUCAGUAACAAUGAAAACCAGCUUAAGCCAGUGUCUAGCUCAACCUCUAAUAAUGGGGGCCCAUCUCUUCGCCUUCGCCGCCGACUGAGUGACCGCGAUGGCCUACAGAUAACCGCAGCUCGUUCCAUGGAUCGUGUCGCUGAUGUUGCUGCGUCCAUCUUGCUUCUUGGUUCCGAGACGAAGCCUCGACCCCGUCCUCCGACUCCCGCCCCCCAGAAGCAGCCAGCCUUGAACGACACGCCGUUCCUCUCGCGCCAGGCCACUAUUGGCCGCAAUUCCCAGUUCCGUAACCUAACGUCUCAUGACUUGGAGGUACUGGGUGGUAUUGAGUAUCGCAGUUUGAAGCUCCUGCUCAAGAUUGUAACAGCUUACUUCUUUGGUAUGCACCUGUUUGGCGUCAUAUGCCUUAUUGGCUGGAUCCAGACGGCAAACCCCAAGUACAGGGACUAUCUGGAGUCAAUUGCACAGGACAAGAACUGGUGGGCCAUUUAUUCUGCCCAGACGAUGGUGGACAACCUCGGCUUCUCACUCACGCCUGACUCGAUGAUAUCGUUCCGCGAUGCCAAAUUCCCCAUGAUCCUGAUGAGCUUCCUCGCUUUUGCUGGCAAUACGCUAUACCCAGUCUUCCUCCGCCUGGUCAUUUGGAUCAUGGCCAAGGUCACGCCCAAGCAUUCUCCUACCCAGGAGCCUCUUGCGUUCCUGCUCAACCAUCCUCGUAGAUGCUACACCUUACUCUUCCCCAGCCAACCAACCUGGAUCCUCUUCGCCAUCAUUUUUGCUCUAAACUUUGUCGACGUCCUUCUCAUCAUUAUUCUUGACCUUCACAACCCCGAAGUCGCGUCCUUGCCGCUUGACGCGCGUAUUCCGGCGGCCAUCUUCCAGGCCGCUUCAGCGCGUCAUACCGGCACUGCCACCUUCAACUUGGCUAACGUCGACCCAGCUGUGCAGCUCAGCCUUCUGAUUAUGAUGUAUAUCGCCAUCUUUCCCAUCGCUCUCAGCAUUCGAUCUUCCAACACUUAUGAGGAGAAGUCACUCGGGCUCUGGCAUGAUGAAGAAUCACCAAACGAGGAAAAUGGCAAGUCGUAUUUGGUGACACAUAUGAAGAACCAACUUGGCUUCGAUCUGUGGUAUAUCUUCUUGGGGACCUUUUGCAUAAUCAUUGCCGAAUCGGACAGGGUUGCAAAUGUUGAUGAGCCGGCCUUCUCUGUCUUUUCGAUUCUCUUCGAGGUGACCUCGGCAUAUGGCAACGUUGGCCUGAGUCUCGGCUACCCAACUGUCAGCACUUCUCUGAGUGGCAUGUUUGGAACCUUUAGCAAAGUCGUCAUAUGCCUGAUGAUGAUCCGAGGACGCCACCGCGGCCUCCCCUACGCCCUUGACCGGGCCAUCAUGCUUCCUGAUGGACAGGUCCUGGAGAACACCCUCCGAUCUUCUUGA